AUGUUUCAACUUGCACCACCAGAUGGUAUAGAACCUUAUAGAGUUCUAGGUGUAGAUAGAGAACCUCAAACUCAAAUUCAGAAUGACAGAUACUCCUGCAAGGUUCCGAGAGCAGUAGAAAACCUUACAACUGAGUGUGCUGGAUUCGCUAAUGUAAUUGAUGAAGAUGGUGCCUAUUAUGCUAAAGGUUGGAGAGGUAAUUAUACUGCUACUACACCCAUUCCACCAGAGUACAAGUACUUGACUGCUUCACAGUUGAAAGGCUAUCCUUUCUGGGGACUUAUCAACACCUAUGGCGGAGGGGGUUAUAUAGUGCCCCUCUUUGGUAAGAAGGACGAUGUACUGGUGCUUAUGGACAAGCUACAGAGAACUGGCUGGAUAGGUCGUCAUACCAGAGCUAUUUUUAUUGAGUUUGCAGUCUAUAAUGCCCAAGUCAACUUGUUCGCUGCAGUCACAAUUGUUGCAGAGUUUGUCCCUGGUGGAGGAAUAUUCCCUUAUUACCACAUUGAUCCCAUGCGUCUCUUGUAUUACCAUGAAGGGUUUGGGCUCUUUAUCAUUAUAUGUGAAGUGAUUUUCCUUAUAUUUGUCAUUUACUUCACAGUCCGAGAAAUUCGGGCCAUCUCUCGUCAGAAGCUGCAUUACUUCCAUGACUACUGGAAUGUGUUGGAGAUAGUCUCUCUGCUUUUGUCAUAUACGGGAAUUGUUCUUUACGUAUACAGCAAAGUAUUGAUAGAUCAGAUUUUGAAAAUUUUUACUGAGACUGAAGGAUCAGGGUAUGUCAAGUUUCAGGAGUCUGUCUUGGUAGACCAACUGUUCGGGUAUAUCAUAGCUUUCCUUAUGUUCAUAGCUACCCUGAAAUUUCUCAAACUCUUGCGUUUCAAUAAGAGGAUGGGAAUCCUCUCUGCAACCUUACGUCAGUGUGGAGAGGAGUUGAAGAGCUACGGUGUCUGUUUGUUGGUUGUAUUCUUGGCCUUUGUUGUCCUCUUCUGGCUUACACUCGGACGAUACAUGUGGCACUUUGCUUCGUUUGUCACUUCCUUUGAAUCGUCCAUCAGCAUGAUGCUGAGGAAGUUCCGUUAUGAGGAAAUGGCCACUGCUCAACCCAUCCUGACCCCAAUCAUCUUCUUUACUUUCUCUCUGGCUACUUCUAUCUUCCUCAUCAACAUUCUGCUGACACUUAUCAUCCAGACUUUUGAGAAAGUGAAACAUGAUGUCACUUUGCAAACUAAUGAAUACGAGCUUUUGAAUUUCAUCAUGAGUCGCAUGCGGAUGUUUAUAGGGGUAGGACCAUCGAAAGUUGGACCAGAACCUCCUCCAUUGAAAGAAGAUAAAAAAGAAGAAAACAGCAUGGACUCAUUCCCACAAAAAGUGGACCAGUUUCUGCAGUAUGUCAAUGUCGUCUAUUUUGACAAUCAGUUAGACUUGAACGGCAAGGAAUUCAUGCGUAAAAUGAGUAACGCAGAAGAACUGGAGCAAGAAGAGAGGAACAGGAUUAAGAAGAAACCACCUGCUGUGGGAAAUCUGAGCACGGGAGCUGAUGUGGAAAAUGUACUGGCUGAUAUUUAAAAAUAUAAAUCUCUGAUCUUAACUUCAAAUUUUAAGUUAUCCAAAAAAUCUAUCUUUCUUCAGUUUUCUUGUAGGUUAUUAAAAGUUUAUCCUUCUGUAGAAGUCUUGUGUAUAAUUUAAACAUAGGGUUGAAGUUUGUUCCUGCUUCAGUGAUUUAGCAUACAGUUGUUUAGCACUGGUUUCACCAAUGUAAUAUUCUAAAGAAAUUCAGUUUCAAAACUAUGCUCUAAUGAAGCUGUUAUAUUGUGAAAGAUAUAGAUACUUUUUGUGGUUGCCUUAAAUAGAAGUGCCUUAUAUAUAUAUAUUUGUAUCUAAACUGAUAGUUGUUUCAUGAAGAAAACUAUAAACAUUUUAAAUCUUCAGUUACUGUUUUAUUUAUAUCCUCCGUCUUCAGUUUCUGACCUUUCCAAAUCGGAGGGAAAAAAACAGAUGUUUUAGAUUUUUGCUUGGUUCAUUCUAAGAUUCAUCGGUUUUUGUCUUUAUAAUUUUUGUUCUCUGAAAAUGAUCAGAAAAAAUCAAAUGCUUUCACUGCAACUUGUAGGUUAGCACGGCUGGAUUCACGAGCGUUAUAGAGUUUCAAAAGAGUUUUAUAAAUGUUAUGAAACAGAGAUAUUUAGAAAGUCGUUGAUCCUAGUAGGUUUAUAUCACACGAAGUAAUUAUUCACAGAAAAUGCAUUUUUAAAAGAUGUGGUACUGUAAUCGAAUAAUGAUUUAAUUUUACGAGUGAAGCCUUUGCACGACAUUUUGUUUCUAUGACAACCAUUGUGUGCAUGUUUGAAUAUGUAUUUCUGUGAUAUAACGG